CUACACGUUAAGGCGAAGCUGAAAUAGCCUCUCAAGGCUAUUAGCUUAAGUAGGAAAAUAAAAAGCAUUUUGUAAAUACUAGCUUUUAGCGCCAUCUUUACCAGAUUUUGUGGGCUACUGAUUAAGAGAUGCCCACUAUCAACCUUGAUUAGUCUGUGCUUACCUUGUUUUAAGUGUAUAAUCUAUGCCUUGUACUGUCAUGGUGCCGUAUGUCCGUGGGCCUUAUUAUUUUCAAUUCAUUCUCGCAGAAUAAUGUUAAUUUGACCUUAAAUCAAAACAUGUCAUUACGGGAAACUCUUAAGGAACUGGGCUGGCAUUUGACCGAAGAAGGCAUCGAUACGAUAACCGAAAAUGGUCAAAUUCAAGAUGUAAACAUUCUUAGCAAAAAAGCUUUAGACUACGAUUUGAGAGACAUCAGCGAAGGAUCGUUACCUGAAGACUUUGUCAAGGAUCCGUCUAAAUUAGAAAGCCCCGUUGUUGUUCAAAUUCAGAAGAUUAGGAAUGUGUCAGCUCCUAAAGCUAAUGAAGAAUCAACAUCUGCCCCACGGAUGUUGAAGCUAACCCUGCAUGACGGGAAAGUAACGUGUACAGGUCUAGAGAUAAGUCAUAUACCCAGUCUAAGUAUAAACACCCCACCUGGAACUAAGUUGUUGCUGAAGAAUGAAGAGCUAGAAGUUUGUCACGGAGUGGUAUGGCUCACCCCAUCAGUGAUAUCUGUAUUGGGCGGAACAGUAUCUCAUAUGAUUGAAAAAUGGGAACUGAACAGAAGUCUUGCCAAACACACAAGAGGAGGCAUAGGAGCUGAAGGAGGUCCUCCACCAUGGAUUCCAUUUGGACAGAGAUUAGAAGCUCUUUCUGUGGACAAACAGUUCAAGAGUCUACAAGAAGCUGCCAAACAGGACAAUCCAGAGUUCGAGGCUCAAAGAAAAGGUGCUAUUGCUGAGGCACAGAGGAUGUCUGGUGUGAAAAAGGUUUUUGGUGGUGGAACUAAACCUUUACUGGACGCAAAUGUUCAAAAGAUUGUAGAUGCAGGGUUUACAGAGGAACAAGCAGAAGCAACAUUAAAAUAUACCAAGAACAAUGUUGAUAGAGCACUAAAGAUAUUGCAGAAAAGAGACAACUCUGAAAAUAGGAAUAAAGAGAAACCACAGAAGGAACAAGAUCCAGUGAAGCGUAAAGGUCGCCACAAAGAGUCUGGUGAUGAGGAUGGUGUGCCUGUGAAACCGUCAGGAAAAGUGUCAUUGUUUGACUUCUUAGAAGAUAAAUUACCAAAUGUACCAGAAAAAGAUAAGAAUACGCGACAAAAUAACUCUAGUAUGGAAGAUAGAUAUGACAGAAGCCAAAAUAGAGAAAGAAAUAGUAAUAGGAACCGACAUGGCUCAAGACAUGAAGGGGCCAACCGAAAUCGGUCAGACCGACGCCAUUAUUCCAACGACAACUUGUAUUCAUCUUAUAGAGAAGAUAGAAAAUAUCAGUCGCAAAAUGAGAAACCACCAAGAUUUCAAAAGAUACAAGAGGAGAUGAACAAACAUCAUCAAAACAUGAACAUGCCAUAUAACAACACUUAUCAACAAAAUCAAUACAAGGAUAGACAUAUGAGAAACGAUCGGAACCCAAAUGAUAGAGGUCCGCAACAAAAUUAUAAUCACAAUUCUAGUACAAUGGAUGGCUUGGUUGAUGCUACAUCCAAAUUGAAUCUAUUAUCAAACCAAUCGAGAAUAGAUGAACAACAAGUGCAUAACUACCAACAGCAUACAGAUCAAAGCUACCAAUCUAAGCAAACCUAUCCAUCAAAUCAUAGUCAAGAUAUACCACCAUUCAGAAGGAGUAAUGAUUUACAUCAAGACGGAUACCAACGUCGGCAACAGGUGCCCAAUGGAUAUAUCGAGCCGCAACAUGCUACCAUAUACUCAAGUUAUCUCAGCCAGGGCGGUUACGGCGCUCGGCAGUACGGUUACGCUGGUAGAGCUGGUCCGUUCCUGCCGGGCUCGCUUCUCGGCUUCCAGAACGCGGCAGUCAACGAGCAGGCCCGCGCCAUGCUCGGAGUCGCUGACAUCAACUGGAAGGUCGGCGAUCGCUGUCUAGCGUUAUAUUGGGAAGACAAUAAUUUCUACGAAGCGGAAAUAACGGGCGUCUCCGCUAAUACAGUUGUAGUUAAGUUCUGUGCAUAUGGUAAUCACGAAGAAGUACUGAAAUCCAACUGUCUACCAUACCCUAAUCAACCGGCGAGUGUGAGCGGCCCUUACGUACCGGGCGGGGUGGGCGCGUAUUCGCGACAACACUUGUAGUGGCAGCUCCGCCCCGAGGUCGCCGACUCGAGCACUCAACACACCGACAACCAAACAGACUACGUUCGAUAUAAUUUAAAAAGCUGGACUUGAAACGCGUCCUUUUCAUAAAUUCACAGCGGAAAACGAAUGUGAAUUUUAUCGAGAAACGCUGGACUUUCUAAAAACAUUGUAGUGGUAAUGUAAUUUGUAAAUACAUAAAUUUAUAUAAUAUUUUUAUGUAUUUCUAAUUGAUAAUUUGAUUGAAGUUCUGAUUGAUUUAAAUGCUAGCGGAACAGAAUCCCUGUGCUCGCGCGCACCGCGAACCCGAGCAGUGCGCGCCAAACUUCAUUACGUCACAAGCUGUCAAAACUGACGAAAGAUUUUACGAUAAAACUGAUUUCUAAUAGUAUAAGUUUUUUUGUUCCUACAUAACUACAGAACGUGAUUCACGGAGGAAUUUAGUACGAUUUUAAUAAUACAUAAUUCAAUACCGCUCCUACAUGUGGGAUGAAUUGUAUGAGUUUGAAAAUUGCGCAUUUUGUUUCUGUUUGUCACGUUCGAUUCCGGUAUAGGAAAGUGGCCUUGAUGUUAAUGGAGUUUUUACCAAGACUUUAGUUCUAGUAAAGUAUAGAAGCAAAAGUUUUGUACCUAAUAAGUUCCCGUAAAGGUUGCGUUUAGCCUUUUCCGAGUGUUAAGCGAAAAUGUAAAGUCAUUAAUAAUAUCAGACAAACGAAAGUGAACGAAGUCAAUGAAAAAAAAAAUCGUUUAGAUUUUACACGUGACGAAAUGAAUAUUAUUAAUAUUUGCUAUUUUACAUAUUGCUGUUUUACCUAAAUUGGAUCAGACUCUGGGAGAUGUGUUUCGGUCGUUUGCCUGCGCAAGUUACUGUGUUAAAAUAUAUUUGUUACCGUUUAAAACUAUAACCAAAAAAAAAACGCUAACAUGAAUAUAAAAAAAUGUUUGAUCUUCUACACUAGUUAAACCACGUUUUUAUUUUACGAUGUUUUAUUUACCAGGUGUAGACCAUAAAAAAUACGACAGGAAUGUUCCUAAAGUCUUACCUACGUCAUACUUAAUUAAACUAAUUUUGCUAUAGAGACUUAAAAUAGUAAAUAAUUAUAUGCAAAUGACCUCCAUCUCUGCAUUUGCAUGUUUGUAUUUUAUUCGGUUUUAAAAAAAAUACUUUUACUGUUUAAUCUCGUAUUUAUUAUUGUCAUAUUAUUGGCGAGCCUUUGCGUACCUUGCAGUUGUCGUGGCCCUGAUGAAGGUUUUGUUCGUCGACAUUCGCAUAUUGUGCAACUACCGUCUUAAUUCCUAUAUAAAUAAUUUGGAAAUAGUAAACGCGAUAUUAAAACGUAAAAAAAGGUUUAUAAUUUAAAUUUUCUAUGUUUUUUCACAAGUACCCUCAUAAGUACCUACAUGAAAAUGAAAAUGUUUAACUUCUUCGUUUCUGAACGGAUUCAAAAUAUUUUGAAUACCGAUAGAUUUCCGUUAAAAAAUAUUUGUUAAUCAUUAUAAAUAAGUUUAUAAAAAUUUUGAAGUUGCAUUAAGGCCAUAUAUACCGCAGUUGACAAUUCAACAGAUAUUUCAGGAGUAACAUUACUACGUUAGUUUUUGAAACAUUUGAUGUAUUUGUGUUCUUUAGUUUAUUCCUUGAGAAAACGGGACAAAAACCAGUGUUUUAUGUAUAUUUGUACAUUGACGCUUGCUUUUGGAGUUUGAUUAAUUUUUUGGAGCGAACACGUCAGCGCGCAUUUUCUCUUCAUAACAAUGACAUUUUUAAUAACUUGUAUAAUUUAAUUGUACAUACAAUAGUUAAAUAAAUUAGGAAAACUAAUCGUUUUAUACCAACAAAACAAUUAAAAACAUGAGUAUAUACGUUAAAAUUUUAAAUGAAAAAUUACAUAAUAUUUCUCUUAUUCUUUAUUUAAGGCAAAUACGCUUGUCGUUGCUUUAAGUAUUUUUAUCAUCUCUGAAAGUGUAAAAGGUAAUAAUAAGCAAAUACCGACGUGUGUUUAUUUAUUUAGAAAUACAGUAAAAGGUCCUUUUUCGCGCUUCCUUCAUUCGUGUUUCCACUAUUCGCGGAUUAAAAGAAUGCGACCCAAUUCCUAUAUUUACGGUUAAUUUUUUUUAUUCACGGAUCUAAUCGGUACACUGGUACAUAAACAUUGAUAAUAAGGAUUCCAUUAAAUAGGUAUCUAAUCGAAUAUACUCUGUAAACGCGUCGUCAAGACAAAAAAAGUAAGAUAGACCUUAUUACAACGAUGUCUAAAGUAUUUUGUUAAAUGAUAUCGCCAUAGCGUUACCGCGUUACCAUUCUAGUACAGUUUCUGUAUUCGCGGCGUAUUUACGGAACAUAUACCCCGCGAAUAAAGAGCUUUUACUGUAUCCGUAAUUUUAUCCGACGAUUAUCACCUAUAAGUUACGACUCAAGUGACACACGGUAUUUUGGUAUUUAAGGCGAUUUUGUUGGAAAACGAUUCAGUACGUCGUCGAUCGCGGCAGCGUUGCAACGUGUAGCUUUGUAAUAAAUAAAUGUAUUUUGUUGUAUAUUUAGCGCAAAGAAAAAAUGUAAAAAAUAUUGUUUUAUUUUAUACUUGUUUUAUAAUUUAUCUCUCUAAAAAAGGAUCAUUUAAUGUUCUAACUUGUAAACGUCUACUUACUUGAUUCUAACAAAUGAACUGAAAUUUGUUUCUAUGCAUUCAUUGGUGAUGUGCUGUUCAUUAAUUCAUAAUUGAAGACAUGCGUGGGAUAAGGGAGGGGCUAAGUACCAUUUUUAAGAUUUUUGAGUUUUUACAUUGAAUGAAGGUGUUAUGUGACUAUAAACCAUAUUAGACCUUAAAACUCCGGGUUUAAAGGCUAUUUUUAGAAAUUGCAUGUGAUUAAGGAAACCAUGCACGAAGAAACAGUACAAGUAACAAAAGCUUGUUGCGCGUUUUCUCAAAAUUAACAAAUUGUAUCAUAUCCCUUUCAGCCACUCAUGUCUUUAAUUGUGAAGUAAUUCCAAACGAAUACUUUGUUUAAUCAAAUUAACAAAUUGCAGAAACGACUUAAGACUUCAUAAAAUCGUUUAUUAGAGUUUUAUGAACAACGGUAAUCGAUACCUUCAAGUUGUUCAAAUUGACAAACUAAAAAAAAACUAAUUUUACAAAUGUGAAAUGAACUGUGUAUAAAAAUUUAAUGAAAUAAACUGUGAAUUUAUAUUUAAUGCCGUUUGGUUUAAAUGAUAAUUUGGAAUGAACCAAGCUGUCUGUCUACGGAAUCUAAUAAUAAUUUAAAAGAAGCAAAUAUAUGUAAGCCGAGUUUAAUUUUUUACAUCCACCCUCGCUCGCUCGUUCACCCAUCUAAGCCAUAAAUAAAAAUAUAAAAAUAAACUGUGCUAAAAUUCAAGGUAAUUUAUUCUAUAGUGUUGCCACAAAAUUUAAACAAACUACUAAAUGUACCGGAAGAGAAAUAAUCGUACCAUUAUAAAAAGUACCGUAAACUUUUAUUUACUACGUGUGGUUGAUAUAAAAGAACGUUAAGUGUUUCGUUGUCGUAACGAUUAAUAGCAAUAAAAUAAAAACCAAGAUAAAACAUGUUUAUGUAAUAUAUAUUUUUUAAAUGUUAUUUGCCCACAGUUAUGAAUUCACUAUGUCUUAAUUAUUUUAGUUCCAGAUAUUUCAUUGUUCUACGAAAAGAGAACAGUUUUCAACAAACUUUCAAUGUUGUUUAAUCCGUUAAAAAACUUCGUUAGUAAAUCCGUUAAAAAGUAAAAAAAAAAUUGUGACGGCUAUACUGAACUAAUUUGUGUUAAAAUGAUUAACAUGGCAACACUAUUGACAGAAAACUAUAAUAUUUUUGGUUAAAGAUCAACCUGUAAUUUAUUUGAUCGGCAUUUCAUAGUUAUCUUUAUUGAAAAAAAAGGCUAAAUUAUUAUGAUGUCAAUUUAAUUAAAGAAUAAUAAUUAGAAAAUAACAUUUGCUUAUAAAAAUAAAUUUGAAUAUUGAAUAAAAAAAAAAAAAUACAAAUUAGGUACCUACCUAAUUUGUAUAAUAUUUCUGUCGCUUGAACCAAACGGCCUCUGCGUUAAACUCACAGAUUCCCUAACAUUAAACUUAUGGUUUUGUUAUCGUUGCAUCGUAAUUUGUAAACCAAAGCUCAAUUACAAGUAAACGUUUAGUUUUUAGGUGAACAAGUCGCGGGGUCUCGCACACAUCGACACGAUAAGUAAUUUUAUACGUACAUCUGUAAGCCAUUUGAAUAGUAACAGUAGAUUGUGUUUCGUAAAAAAAAAUGGGCUUAAGGGAAACAGUUUUUGAAUAAGCUUCUAUUGUUCUAACUUGGUGUUUUGGGCAUUCUUAAUAAUAAUAAUAAAAAAGUUUGUUUCUAUUGCAUAUAUGGGUGAACAUUCUCGCUGUUCAUCCAGUGUUCUCAGAGCCUAUAGACAUUACGAUGUGAACGCCGUCAUCAACUUUGCGACAUGAGGUCCAAGUGCAAAUACUAAAACGACUGAUGAUAUCGGAAUUUAUGAAUUUUAACUGACCUUUCGAUCGGAUCUUUUUUUUAGUUAUUUUUUAACUUGAGUGGAUCGCGCUAUUGAGCUAAUGCAGUAUACGCUAUGGUAACAUAUAACAGAGCCAUUGAAUAAUCGAUAAAAACAGAAAAAAAAACAUUAACCAUAAACAUUGUCUAAAAUAUUUUUUCUGUUUAAAUAAGAAUAUAUUAAUCACCAAUUUCGAUCAUCAAAGAUGUUAUUUAUGCAUUGAACAAUUAAAUAACUUCAUAUGUAAAUAGAUAAUCAAUUGUUCGGUGCGAUGUGUGCCCCAUCCCUAAUUAUUUGCGAAGCAUUCGAUGCGAUUUGUACGAAACAGUUCUCCGUUCAGUUUGAGUGGACUUUUAUUAACAAAAAUGUAAUAAAAAAAUGUGUAAUA